CCCCAUUAAAACGCUAAGGAAACGGUACAGCACUAAAGGAGCUCUAGCGUUUUUGUAUUUGACACCAAAACAGGAGCACAGGUCUGAGAAAUGAGUCGAAUGCACGAAGAAGUGGAGUUGGAAAAAAGUGUGAGGCGACUGAGAGAGAAGUUUCAUGGACUAAUAGAAAUUGACACAGCUGUGUUGCUCAUGCAACGAUAUGUGAAAAACCAUCGCAUGGUUGCAAUGUGGGUCGCCCUGAUGGCAGAUAAUGACAGGGAGCUGGACGAGGAAGACCAGGCAGCUUUGAAUAAUGACCCUGUAGCUAAGAACGUGAUUAUGAAACUCAAAGCUGAAGAACAACAACAGGAGGAGAAACAUGCCAAGUCAUCGUCCUCUGGAUCCAGCGGUGCAGGUCCAUCCACAAAAGCAAAGAAACAACCAAGUGAUGACCAGGAUAUAGCGGAGCUUGGGACGCGUCUAAGAGUUCUGCCAUUAACAAUGGAGAACAAGCGAAUGUUUGACCAGGCGCAGGCAAACCAGAUCCCUUCAGACACACAUCAGUUUGCCUGUGAGUCAUGUGACAGGGAUUGGUGGCGACGUGUGCCUCAGAGGAAAAGGGUGUCGCGCUGUCAUAGAUGCAAAAAGAAGUACGACCCUGUGCCACCUGACAGAAUGUGGGGUAUAGCAGAGUUUACCUGCCCAAACUGCACUCGAAACUUCAAGGGUUUUGGACGGAUGGAUGGACGAUCCCCUUGUUACGGCUGUCGCUCAGCCAUUUACCCUAUGAAGAUUCUACCGCCGAGAAGGAAGAACAUGAUGCCUGGGCCAAGACAAAGAAACCAGCACAGCUGCUUUGCUGAAGACUGUUAUCAUCGAAUGGAGCCCCAUGUUCCUGGCACCGAAUGCGUUCACCCGCACAGCAGACAGAAGAACAGGAAGCCUUGUGUAGUUUACCCCAGUCCUGCUCACAUUAGCAGCGGAUCCACCGUCAACACCUGUCUGAGUCAGGGCAGUCUGAUAGAAAGCAUCAAUGAGCUGAUUCUAGAUGACAUUGAAGAAGAGUCCGAGGAUGACUCUGACAGCAGCAGCUGAGACCACCACAGCAGAAAUAAAUCAGGGUAAAACCACUGACCUCAGUGCAGCUGCUGCUGUGAAUAAUGGCUUUUUGCUAAGAUUUCAAAUGAACAAGUAACAAAUAAAGGUGUAAGUGGUCAGAAUGUCGACAUAAGUAAUGCACUGCAGGUUGUAUGUGUUUGUAUUAUAGUCAAAAAUCCAGAUAAUAAAUUAUGACGACGAACAGCUUAAUUAUGGAUGGAUUAAUGCACAGGUUGAGUAAUGGUAAAGCUGCCACAUCAUGAAGCCAAGAGGGUGGGAGAGAGAGCGUAACAUGCUCAGCAAUUGUAAAAAGUAAUUCAGCCAGCAAUUAAAUAUUCUGUGUCUUGAACAAAAAAAAAGAUAUUUUGAAGAAUGUCGGAAACCUGUAGCCAUUGACAUCCAUAGUCUUAUUUUUCUAUUAUGAGUGUCAAUGACUAUUCUUCAAAAUACUUUCUGUCACUCAUUAGGGUUUGGAACCAUGGCAUUUUUAGAAUAUGUAUACACUCACCGGCCACUUUAUUAGGUACAUCUUAUUAGUACCGGGUUGAACCCCCUUUGGCUUUCAGAACUGCCUUAAUCCUUCCUGGCAUAGAUUCAACAAGAUACUGGAAUUAUUCCUCAGACAUUUUUGUCCAUUUUGACAUGAUAACUUCACACAGAUUUGUCGGCUGCACAUCCAUGAUGCUAAUCUCCCAUUCCACCACAUCCUAAAGGUGCUCUAUUGGAUUGAGUUCUGGUGACUGGAGGCCAUUGUCAUGUUCAAGAAACCAGUCUGAGAUGAUUUGCGCUUCAUGAAAUGGGGCAUUAUCCUGCUGGAAGUAGCCAUCAGAAGAUGGGUACACUGUGGUCAUAAAGGGAUGGACAUGGUCAGCAACAAUACUUAGGUAGACUGUGGCGUUGACAUGAUGCUCAAUUGGUAAUAAUGGGUCCAAAGUGUGCCAAGAAAAUAUCCCCCACACCAUUACACCACCACCACCAGCCUGAACCAUUGAUAACGAGUGUUUUUUUCAGUUACUGUUGCCUUUCUGUCAGCUCGAACCGGUCUGGCCAUUGUCUUCUGACCUCUGGCAUCAACAAGGCAUUUGCGCCCACAGAACUGCCACUCAUUGGAUAUUUUCUCUUUUUCAGACCAUUCUCUGUAAAAUCUAGAGAUGGUUUUGGAUGAAAAUCUCAGUAGAUCAUCAGUUUCUGAAAUACUCAGACCAGCCCAUCUGGCACCGACAACCAUGCCACAUUCAAAGUCACUUAAAUCCCCUUUUUUCCCCAUUUUGUUGCUCAGUUUGAACUGCAGCAGAUCGUCUUGACCAUGUCUACAUGACUAAAUACAGUGAGUUGUUGCCAUGUGAUUGGCUGAGUAGAAAUUUGCAUCAACGAGCAGUUAGACAGGUGUACCUAAUUAAGUGGCCGGUGAUUAUGUGUGUAUUAUAUAUUUAUAUAUAUAUUACAAAUUCAUAAAUUUGUAAUAUUACAAGAAUGUGGAAAUUAAACUUCUUAUAAUUUAAAAAAAGAAUGUCGUAGAAAUUUGAUUAAACUUGUAUUAUUUUUAAGUUUUAAGGUCGAUUUCUUUUUAAUAUGCUGAAUUUUCUUUAUUGUUAAAGAAAGUAGAGUUUUACCAAAUCAUCCGCAUCCAUUUUAUGCAAAACAGAAAAAGAACUUUCGUAAUUCUGUUAUUUUUCUAAAAAUAUUGUUUAUGAUACAAGUUUAUUCCCAGAAUAUUUCAACUUUAUUCUUGAACUUUUCAAAUUUAUUUUUGUAAUAUUUAUACUUUCUAACAAUUUUGACUUUACUCUCGUAUUAUUUUCCUAUUUAUUCUUGUAAUUUUAUAAAGUAAUAUUAUAACUUUAAUCUUAUCUGAUUAUUAUUUUUUUAUAUGGCACUAAAACGCUGUCAUAAGGGAGAGUAAAUGACGACCUAAAUUUCCUAAAUUGUAAACUGUACCUAUUGGCAUGACAAUCAAUGUCAACCAAUCAGAAUCUAGCAAUCAGCAGCACUGUGCCAUAAAAAUAAGUUCACGUUUGUUAAGUCACACAUGAAUGGCAGAAGGUCUGGACAUAUUUUAAUGAAUAAGGAGUAGCCGAGCGUCUCUUUUCUUGAGGGCUGCAUCUAAGGCUGUGAAAAUGAAAAUGAAUGUCUCUAUAAUAAUAGACUAUCAUGUAAAACUCAUGGACAGAUUUUAACCCUUAUGAAUCCUCAUAAUUAUUUGUGUUUUUUUUGUAACUUCAUCUUUGUAAUAAUUUUGCCUGUCUUAAUGCAUUAAUUUCAUCUUUCAUAAAUCUGUUUUACAAAGCAGUAACAGUACACGCAGGACCUUCAGGAUGAAAAGUUUCCCACUAAAAUAAUUUAGUUUCAUCAAUAAAAUAUUGAGUUUAACCUUGUAUAACUUAAAACAUUUAGUUGAGUAACUUACUAAAACAAAGUAACUUUUGCCCAAUGUUUUGGGGCUACACAGUGGCUCAGUGGUUAGCACUGUCGCCUCACAGCAAGAAGGUUACUUGUUCGAGUCUCAGCUGGGCCAGUUGGCAUUUGUGUGUAGAGUUUGCAUGUUCUCCCCAUGCUCGCUUGGGUUUUCUCCAGGUGCUUCAAUUUCCCCCACAGUCCAAAUUGAAUAAACUAAAUUGGCCAUAGUGUUAGUGUGAAUGAGUGUGUAUGGGUGUUUCCCAGUACUGGGUUGCAGCUAAAAGGGCAUCCGCCGUGUAAAAAGAAAUGCUGGAUAAGUUGGCUGUUUAUUCCGCUGUGGUGACCCCUGAUUAAUGAAGGGACUAAGCCGAAGGAAAAUGAAUGAAUGAAUGAAUGAAUGAUUGUACCAUACAUUUAUGUAAAAUCCAUCCAAUGAUAUAAUAACUUUCAAGCUCCUGAAGUGUUGCCAGUUUUAUGUGUCCCAGCAGGCAUGAGAUCUGAAAUCCUGUGUUUUGAGUUUACACUUUACGCAACUAACAAAACACAGGAACUCAAGAGGAAAAUAAGCAGACCUCUGCAAACACUUACUGUUAUGUCAGCUUUACAUAACACACGUGUCAUUGGUACAUGAAUGUAGCAUGAUGAUCUCUAAUAUUUCCCCAAUGUAAGGUUCAGAAACUUGUGCAGGGAAAAGAUGAAACCAAAGACAAACUGUGUUAAACCUUCUAUUUAUAUGCCAGAAUAAAAAUGAUGUAUAUAGAUUAAA